UACAAGUAUUUUGUAUUAUGUGUAAAAAUGAUAAAUAAAUUGUUUUUAUACGUAAAAAAAACUUAUGCGCAGAGAAUUAAGAUACUGUGGGUAGGCUAAUGCCAAACGAAGCAAACUAAGUUUAUUUUCUGAACCUCCACCAACAACUGGACAUCACUUGGAUGCAUUAAUAAGAUGCCAGAGGUUGGCAUUUUAUGAAGACAUUUAAGCAGACUUAUUGUCUGUUAAUGGAUGACUAGAAUUUGAAAGCUUUGGAUUUAUUACUACUGUAUGUAUACCAGCAUUCUAUGUCAAGGUUUGUGAUAAUUUUGUUUAUGUAAAAAUAAAAGAAUAGCCAAAAUACAAAAAACGAAAUAAUACAACUUGUUAAAAGAUUUUUUAAAACAUACAAUUUUUUAGAUGACUCGAGCUCAACGACUGUUCAAAAAACCCCAAUUAUGUUUUAUCUGUUCAAAAAAACCCAACGAAUUUAACAUUUUGAACAGACAAAACCUGAUUGGAGUUUUUGAACGGUUUGAAAACUUUGUUGGGUUUUUUUUUUAAAAAAAUGUUAAGUUUGUUGGAUUUUCAUGAGCAAACAAAACAUUAUUGAUGUUUUUUGAACGGUUUGGAAACUUCGUUGGACUUGUAAGUAAUUUCCCCUUAAAAAUUAGAUUAUUAUGAUAAUAAAAUUAUUUUAUAAUCACAAUAACUUAUUAACCAGCUAACAAAAUUUUAGAAGUAAACAAUUUUUAUUAUAAUAUUUAACUCAUUUGUUUUUAAACUCGUAAGUUUGACCUCUGUUGCGACCCUGAUACCUGUUGGCUAUUCUGAUUAUCAACCUUGAUAUUGCUACUUUGUUUUAACUUACAUACAUACCAACAUGCAUAAAAAACGAGCCCAAAAUUCUCAGGUUCGAAAGAUUUAUCAGAUCAUAAAGAUUAAAGACUAAGAAGAAAUAUGGGGUGUUCGCAAUCAACGAUUAGGAUGGAGAACAAAGAAGCUGUUAACCAAUGCAAGGAAAGAAAAGAGUUCAUGAAACAAGCAAUCUCCGCUCACUACGCCUUUGCCGCCGCCCACUUAGCUUACGCCGCUGCCCUAAAAAAUACCGGUGCCGCCUUCACUAAUUACGCCCUACGGGAGCUCCAAUUUGCUGAUCAUCUCCACCCGACGUCGCCACAUCCCCGUUAUGAUUCCCGUCGUCCUCCACCACAACCCGAUGGUGGUAGCAGAUUUCGUACAUCAAAACAGGAGAUGGAAAACGAGAAUGUACCUCCUCCGCCGGGAAACGAUGGAAUCAUGCCAUGGGAUUUCUUUUUUACAUCAAUCGAGGACGUCAUUGGGUCUGAAUUGACUGAAGUUGAUGGCAAGGGUAGCAGAAUCGGGAAACCUGAUAUUCAGAGGACGAUGGCGGAUGAUAAGAGGAGACAUGACGGUGGUGGUGGCUGCCGUCAUCGUGCAGUGGUGGAGAGUGAGAAAGAACCACUACUGUCAUCCAUGAAAGAAUAUGUGGAGAGUAUGGACUUGUUACAUGUAAUUACAAAGAUCGAUGAUGGUUUUGUGAAAGCUUCGGAGAGUGCUCAUGAGUUUUCAAAGAUUAUUGAGGCCAAUAUGUUGCAACACGACUCUAAUUCUGCAGAUAAUCUUGGUAUAUAUAUCAUAUGGUUCCCUAAUCACUUUAUCUUUCAUACAUUUCACAUAUCAUCUUUCCUUUGAAAUGCUUGGAUUUAGGCCAUACCGAUCAUUCUACAAGAGUCACUACAUGGAAACAUUUGUUUAAAGGAGACCAAAUUUCUAAUCAUGAUGAUGAGGACAAUUAUGCUCCCAAAGAGAAACAAACUCAUUACAUAAUACUAGACAAUAUACUAGCAUGGGAGAAGAAGCUAUACGAUGAAGUCAAGGUAUAUGUCCAACUUUUUGUUUCUGUAGUAUAAAAUGUUAUGAUAAUGAUUUAAUCUGAUACACAACAGGCAGGUGAAGAGAUGAAAUAUGUGUACAAGAAAAAGAUUGCUUCACUAAACAAACAUACAAUGCGAGGAACAAGUAGCGACUCAUUGAUGCGAAUAGUAAGUCAUCUGCACACAAGAUGCAUUGUGCAAAUGCACUCCAUUGAUUCAACCGUUUCAG